AUUAAAUGUGCAGGUAGAACUGCACAAUCGCCGCCAUAUUUACUUCUAAGUUCGUGGCAAACGAGGUUGCUGUGUCCGUUCCAAAUCUUGUACACAGUUGUUCGUGGUUUCGUAGUUCGCCAACGUUUGCAAGAUGAUGGAAUUUCUACGAUGUUCCUUGCUUGUGUGUGCACUGCAUUUUCUCGUCAGCACACACUGGGUAUCGGUACAGGCAACAGGGGUUUCAGUUCGUCUUUUGGGCGGCAGUUCCCAUAUGGAGGGUCGUGUUGAGGUGUACUACCAAAGCCGCUGGGGUACAGUUUGUGACCACGAGUGGGACCUUGAUGACGCUAAUGUCAUCUGUCGCAUGCUUGCCUUGCCUCCUGCAUCUCAUGCCUGGGAAAAUGCUCACUUUGGUCAAGGAUUUUUUGAUAUUGCUCUUGAUGAGGUCAAUUGUCGAGGCAAUGAAUCAAGCAUUGGUGAUUGCCAGCAUGGACCCUGGUUUACUCAUAACUGCGAUCACAGCGACGAUGCAGGAGUUACCUGUGGUGGAGCUAUGACAACGCCAAGUCCAUCAGUUUCAGUUCGUCUUGUGGGUGGUUUUUGUAACAAUGAGGGUCGUGUAGAGGUGUACUACCAAGGACAGUGGGGUACAGUUUGUGACGAUGAAUGGGACCUUAAUGACGCUAAUGUCGUCUGUCGCAUGCUUGACUUACCUCCUGCAACUCGUGCCUGGGGCGGAUCUCACUUCGGUCAAGGAGCUGGUCGAAUUGCUUUGGACGACGUCUGUUGCAAUGGCAACGAAGCUAACAUUGCUGACUGCAGACACCGAGCCUGGUUCAGUCACGACUGUGACCAUUAUGACGAUGCUGGAGUUACCUGUGGUGAAACCACGACAACGCCAGGUCCAAUCUCAGUUCGUCUUGUGGGUGGAGCGUCGUCUUACGAAGGUCGUGUUGAGGUAUACUACCAAGGACAGUGGGGUACAGUUUGUGACGAUGAAUGGGACCUUAAUGACGCUAAUGUCGUCUGUCGCAUGCUUGACUUACCUCCUGCAACUCGUGCCUGGGGCGGAUCUCACUUCGGUCAAGGCUCUGGUCCUAUUGCUCUUGACGAUGUCAGUUGCUAUGGUUACGAAUCAAGCAUCGCUGAUUGCCAACAUCGAGCCUGGUUUAGUCAUAACUGUGAACAUUGUGAAGAUGCUGGAGUUACUUGUGGUGAGAUCAUGACAACGCCAGGUCCAGUCUCAAUUCGUCUUGUGGGUGGAGCGUCCUCUAACGAAGGUCGUGUAGAGGUAUACUAUCAAGGACAGUGGGGUACAGUUUGUGACGAUGGGUGGGACAUUGAUGACGCUAAUGUCGUCUGUCGCAUGCUUGACUUACCUGCCGCAUCCCAUGCUUGGGACGAUGCUCACUUCGGCCAAGGAUCUGGUCGUAUUGCUCUUGACGAUGUCAGUUGCUAUGGCCACGAAUCCAGCCUUGCGCAGUGCAGCCAUCAAGCCUGGUUUAGCCAUGACUGCGAUCAUAGUGAAGAUGCCGGAGUUACUUGUGGUGAAGCCAUAACAACAAUAUCUCCAGGUGAAGUCGAUCUGAGCAACAUUCAGCUGGACGGGAAUAUGCCAAUGGAAGGCAUAGUUCAAGGCUGGAAGAAUGGCCAGUUUGUUGACGUGUGUAGCGAUGAUUGGGAGUUGAAUGAUGCCAAAGUGAUCUGCCGACAGUUAGGUUACUCAACUAGUGACGUCUCUGUGUAUUCAGAUACUAACCACAAUGGUUACGGCUCCCAUAUAAUUUACUCCAUUCACUGUGACGGUUUUGAAAGUCGCCUCACUCAGUGUUUCACAUCCUCAUAUACAACCGAUUCAUACUGUGAGAGAGCCUCAGUGAGCUGUCUGACAUACAAAGGUCUUACAGCCGGUGCAGUUGCCGGUAUCGCUGUUGGCUCUGUGUUGGCAGUAGUCGGUCUUCUCAUCGUUUUCAUCGUUGCUGUAGUCCGAUGCUGUCGUCGAAAUUCUUCAAAGACAACCAACAGCAUGGGCACAGAUUUGAAAACUGUUCAUCAUGCAAACUCCGCUGGGACCGAGGCCUACAGUAACCCUGUCUAUGGGGAUACCUCCCUAGACCAACCCACGAUUCUUCAACCACCCCCAGGGUACUACUCUGUGCCCUUUAGCAACCAGUCCGGACCAAUCCCCUCUCAAGUAUCUUCUGCUGCGAUCCCCUUGUACUCUCCUGCAGGGGUGUCUCCCGUAUUAAUCAAUGGUUCCACCAUGGCCCCAUCCCCUGGAUUGGCCAAGAUGUCCCCCACUGCUCCACCCUACUCCACCGUGGCUUCUCAUCCAUCACCCAAGAGCCAGUUCGUCCAAGGACCCCCUGCAGGUUUUUCCCCAGGAUUGGAAAAAAAUGUAAAAUCCCCAGACCCGUUCUAUGAGCCAUCUUUGCGCUCUCCGAAAAGUUCAGAUGACAAUAAAGGAAGCACCGUACAUGUUAAGGGGAUCGGCAUAAAUGAGGCUUCCGUCACACACUGGGUAUCGGCACAGGCAACAGGGGUGUCAGUUCGCCUUGUGGGUGGUUUUUCUGAAAAUGAAGGUCGUGUUGAAGUGAACUACCAAGGCCAAUGGGGUACAGUUUGUGACGAUGGAUGGGACCUCGAUGACGGUAAUGUCGUCUGUCGCAUGCUUGACUUAGCUCUUGCAACUCGUGCCUGGGGCGGAUCUCACUUUGGUCAAGGAUCUGGUCCGAUCGCUCUGGACGACGUCAGUUGCUAUGGCAACGAAUCAAACAUUGCUGACUGCCAACACCAAGCCUGGUUUAGUCAUAACUGUGGACAUAGUGAAGAUGCAGGAGUUACCUGUGGUGAAGCGAUGACAACGCCAGCUCCAGUUCGUCUUGUGGGUGGAGCGUUCAAUGAAGGUCGUGUUGAAGUGUACUACCAAGGCCAGUGGGGUACAGUUUGUGACGAUGGAUGGGACCUUAAUGACGCUAAUGUCGUCUGUCGCAUGCUUGGCUUACCUCCUGCAACUCAUGCCUGGGGCAAUGCUCACUUCGGUCAAGGAGCUGGUCGAAUUGCUCUGGACGACGUUAGUUGCAAUGGUAACGAAGCUAGCAUUGCUGACUGCAGACACCGAGCCUGGUUUACUCACAACAGAACUUGCAUCUCAGUUCGUCUCGUGGGUGGAGCGUCGUCUUACGAAGGUCGUGUUGAGGUAUACUACCAAGGCCAGUGGGGUACAGUUUGUGACGAUCAUUGGGACCUUGAUGACGCUAAUGUCGUCUGUCGCAUGCUUGACUUACCUCCCGCAUCCAAUGCUUGGGACAAUGCUCGGUUCGGCCAAGGAUCUGGUCCUAUUGCUCUUGACGAUGUCAAUUGCUUUGGCUACGAAUCCAGCCUUGGGCAGUGCCAGCACCAAGACUGGUUUAACCAUGAUUGCGUACACGGUGAAGAUGCUGGAGUUACUUGCAGUGAAUACAUGGCAACUAUGCCUCCAGGUAAAAUCGAUUUGAGCAACAUUCAUCUUGACGGUAAUUUGGCAACGAAAGGCAUAGUUCAAGGUUGGAAGAAUGGCCAGUUUGUUGACGUGUGUAGCGAUGAUUGGGAUUUGAAUGAUGCCAAAUUGAUCUGCCGACAGUUGGGUUACUCAACUAGUGGCGUCUUUGUGUAUUCAGAUACUAACUACAAUGAUUCGCCCUCUCAUGAGAGUUACUCCAUUUACUGUGACGGUCAUGAAAGUCGACUUACUCAGUGCUACACAACCUCAUAUACAUCCUAUUCAUACUGUAUAAGAGGCAUAGUAAGCUGCAAGAUACACGAAGGUCUUUCAGACGGAGCAGUUGCUGGCAUCGCUGUUGGCUCUGUGUUGACAGUAUUCGGUCUUCUCGUCGUUUUUAUUGUUGCUUUUGUCAAAUGCUGUGGUCGAAAGCCGCCAAAGAUAACCAACAACACAGAUGCGCACUUGACGACUGUUCGUGAUCCCAAUUCCGCUGGGACCAGAGCCUUCAAUAACCCCGUAUACGUGGAUACCUCCCUGGCCCAACCCAUGGUUCUCCAACCACCUCCAGGGUACUACUCUACGCCCUUCAGUAACCAGACCAAACCCAUUCCAUCCCAGGCAUGGGCGUAAAUCCCGGCAGAUGUAGGGUAUAUAUCUCCUUCC